CUGUCAUUCUGCAAAAGCUGCCCAUCGCAAGCUCUCCUCUCAGAAGCACUGCUUCUUCCUUUCUUUUUUUUUUUUUUGAGAGAGAGCUUCAAUCUCACUGGUGUCUCUGGAGACAAGAAGCCUUCAGUAUGUUAAAUUACUUUCAUUAUGUAUUUUCAGAUGCUUAUUGAGUCUACAGUAGGAAGAGUGGGAGACUGCAGCAGCCUGUAAACCAGAACUAAAGCAGUUGUAUACAUUAGCAGUGUGCUGAAACAAUGGCACAGUACAGGCACAAAUUUUCAUUAAGAUCGUUUUUUGAAGAUAAGCUUAUUACCCUCUUUCCCUUCUACUCUGCUAACAAGUGAACAAAAUGAAUCCCUCCAACCUGGAACUGCUUCACCUGCAUCGAGAAUUUAUCAAACCUUUAGUGGAGGGCAUGCAGCAACUAAUUCAGUUUUACAACUGACAGUAUGAAGAAUGCAGUUGACCGAGUAUCUUUCUAGCUGUAUGACCUACAAGCAGCAAGAUGCAGCACUAAAAUGCAUUGUUAAGACAUAAAGGAAUUAGAAACAAAACAUGGAACACAUUUGUAUUACCAUUUACGUGCAUGACACUUCAACAAUACACACAGAAGAGUAAUACAGCUGCUCAGAUUUUGAUAGAAGAAGAGUGCAAUGAUUGAUUCUUAAAAUGGUGAGCAUUUCUUAAAGAGGGAUUUAUAAUUUUAAAAAGAGAAUUGUGGAAACUACUGAUGCAUGAAGAAACAAUGAAACAUGAAUUGCCAAAAGGAGAACAUGCAUACUUCACCAGCAAGCCGAAUAAGGGUUUAACCAAGCUUUUUCUAUACUACUUAUUUAAUAACUUAUUUGUCAUAAUGACUAAUGGAUAUUUUUCUCUCAAUUUUAUGGUCUGUUGUGUACUCACCUUAAAUGAAAAUAAACCAAAUUAGGUAACUCAUGGUUACUCUCAAAGCACAUGAACUGGAUUUUAUGAUGUAUAGCAACUUCUUUGACUAAGCCAUCACUCAAAAGUAAUGAGCAAGAAUAUUACAGAAAGAAAUAUCUACAUAUACUCUGAACACAGAGAUCAGAAUUUUUUUUUAAAACCAAGAGAAUAAAACCAGGAUGCUACAAAAUGCAACAGGGGAAAGAAAUUAACAUCACUUAAAAGAACAUUUGUUCAUUAUUGCUGGCUUGAAACUCAAAACAGACAAGCAGAAUAUGCACUGGUCUGUAGAAGUAUCUCAGGCAAUUAAGAAGUCCCCAUGUUCAAUCAAAAUUUUUUGCUGCUGAAGUGCUGGAACAAAAAAAAAAAAAAAAAAAAAGGAAAAACAGAAACAACCCUGCAAGGAAUGAAAUAAGAUCCCAGCUACUGCUUGGUUUCCAGGUUACAGUGCAUGUCAAAUAUCUGUCAGUGGCACCAUGUAUCAAUUUAUGACAAGCUGCUGCAAUGAUCUGAAAGGCCCUUGAGGCACAGAGAACAGGAGAAAAAACAACUGCAACAAAAGAAUGUGUUUCCCCUCCACUUUGGAAGUCAACAUGCAGUCUGAAUCUAACUUUACAGUUCGAGAUGCCAUUGAUGACAUCGACACCAACAUGUACCAACCGCUGUCAUAUCCAUUAAGCUUUCAAGUUUCUCUCACUGGAUUUUUGAUGCUAGAAAUUGUUUUGGGACUUGGCAGCAACCUCACCGUGCUGGUACUUUACUGUAUGAAAUCCAACUUAAUCAAUUCUGUCAGUAACAUAAUUACAAUGAACCUUCAUGUACUUGAUGUAAUAAUUUGUGUGGGAUGUAUUCCUCUAACUAUAGUUAUCCUUCUGCUUUCAUUGGAGAGUAAUACUGCUCUCAUCUGCUGCUUCCACGAGGCUUGUGUCUCUUUUGCAAGCGUUUCAACUGCAAUCAAUGUCUUUGCUAUCACUCUGGACAGAUAUGACAUCUCUGUAAAGCCUGCCAAUCGAAUUCUGACCAUGGGAAGGGCUGUGAUACUAAUGACAUCUAUAUGGAUCAUUUCACUUUUCUCCUUCCUGAUUCCUUUCAUUGAAGUCAACUUUUUCAGUCUUCGAAGCGCAAGUACUAGGGAAAACAAGACACUUCUGUGCGUGAGCACGAAUGAGUAUCACACAGAGCUAGGAAUGUACUAUCACCUUCUUGUGCAGAUUCCAAUCUUUUUUUUCACUGUUGUAGUAAUGCUGAUUACAUACACCAAAAUACUCCAGGCUCUAAAUAUUCGGAUUGGUACGAGAUUUACAACGGGACAAAAGAAGAAAGCUAGAAAGAAAAAAACUAUUUCUUUGACCACUCAGCAUGACACUACAGACAUGUCCCACAGCAGUGGAGGAAAAAAUGUUGUCUUUGGUGUAAGGACUUCUGUGUCUGUCAUAAUUGCUCUACGUCGAGCUGUGAAACGGCACCGGGAGCGACGAGAACGGCAAAAGAGAGUCUUCAGAAUGUCUCUCUUGAUCAUCUCAACAUUCCUACUCUGCUGGACACCUAUCUCUGUUUUAAACACCACCAUCUUAUGUUUGGGCCCAAGUGACCUUUUGGUAAAGUUGCGAUUAUGUUUUCUUGUAAUGGCUUAUGGAACGACAAUAUUUCACCCUCUACUUUAUGCAUUCACAAGGCAAAAGUUUCAGAAAGUUCUGAAAAGUAAGAUGAAAAAGAGAGUUGUUUCAAUAGUGGAAGCAGAUCCCAUGCCAAAUAAUGCUGUAAUACACAACUCAUGGAUAGAGCCUAAAAGGAACAAAAAAAUUACCUUUGAAGACAAUGAAGUAAGGCAGAAAUGUUUAGUACCUCAGGUUGUCACUGACUAAAUUUCAGUAUUCACCAAAAUGCAGUAAGUGGAAUAUCUGAACAAAUUGUAGAAAAAUACUGCCAAAUAAGAAAAAGAUUUUUAACUGUUGGUGAGACUGUAAACUUUCAAUAUAUGUGUUAAACAGAGUAGGUCUUGUAUAUUCAAUUUCUUCAUUAUGUAAGAUAUAUGUUGCAUGGCCGUUUGUUAGCCUAACACCAUGUGUAUAUCUGUCAAAAAUAUUCAAGUCCUCUUUUUUAGAAAAUAAAUAGCCUUAAUGAAGUGCAAACUUUUAAAAAUAUUUGUAUGGCUCAGUUUCUCUGUAAAUAUAAAAGGAUUUUUAAACAAAAAUUCCACUCAGGAAUACUUUUCUAAAGCACAAAUUCCUCAUUUUGCAUGAUAACAUUUUUCAAUUUAACUCAUAACAGUAGUUUAUCAGAGAUCUUCUGAAUGCUAUACAGCUAUAACUUGGACACAUUUUGACCUUACAUGUAGAUAGCUACUUAUUUCAAAUUUAUCCAGCAUGCAAUUUUCCUGUGUGUAUAGACAAAGCCAUUUAUGUGAUGUCCUUCAAUUAAUGGCUCAGAAUCAAUUAAUUUUUAUGAGGGAAAAAACUCCUCAUGUUGAUCCAAAAAAUAACAGUAUCUUUUAAAAAAGGAAAAAGUCUUGCAUGUACAACCUCAGGUCCACAGCUUCUACACAGAAAAUAUACUAUUUCAAACAAUUACACAGGAGAGGUAGAGGGGAUAAGGGGAAAGAUAGGCUAAAUGAAGGCAAAAACCAUAGACAGGAAAAUUGUUGGGCUUAAUGCUAAAACACAACCAACCAACUAAGCUAUUCCUCUGCAAAGGCUGAGAUUUCACACUGAAGAGGUUUAGCUAGACCUCUAGUGUGACCUGAGGACCUUCCAUCUACACAGAUAAAUAUGGCUGUCAAGUGCCACAGCUAAAGUAUAUGAUAAUUUUAUUGCGCUCAGCAAGUUUUGUAUUGUGUUGACUUGACCUCUCCUUUGACCAUGUUCAAUUACAGCCAUGCAACUACUUUGUCACAAAUCAGUCACCAACACUGCUGACUACUCUGUUUCUGUAUUUCCUGGACAGCCACACUGUAUCAUUAUUCUACGUUCUCUUUUUCUGUUUCAUCUUAUACCUGCAAUGAAGAAUCAAGAAGCUUUAAGAAAGCAUCGUCAUUCAUAGCACUGUAAGCAAGAAUUAAGAUAGUGCAAUCCACUCAAUAAACAUGUUUGGAUAAAUAUUUCAUCCUUUAAAAAUAUAUAAUUUCAGAUAUAUAUUUUAAAGGAUGAAAUAUUUAUCCAAACAAGUUUGUUGAGAUAUUGAAAUAUGAGCAGUGGCUACAUUCAUUGACUUAGUUUGGGGGGGGGGAGGUAAGCAAAACAAAAAAGCCUGCAAAAUCAAUUAACAUGAUUUCACUUGUCUUGCUCUAUAAACUGCUCACUGUGUCACAAGCUACCAGUGGAUUUAAAAGGCUAAUCCUCAAUAAGUAUUGGCUUUUAUUAAAAAAAAAAAAAAACCAACAAAAAAAAAAAGGGCAGAGCAUAUCCUUGAACGUGGGAGCCAGUCUGACUAAAACUACCCCUACUGUAAUUUGACUAUUACAUAAAAAUGAGCAUUUCUGAAGUA